AUUUCGAGGGAAAACAGAAAUAAAAAGAAAAGAGAGUAACAUGCUAGGUUCCCACUUAAAUCUGAUAGCGCCGAUUUCUCCUUCCCUCUGUCGACUCUCUUCCCUCCACCCCUCUCCUUCCCUCCCCGCCGCCGACUUGUUGAAGGCGGCAUCUAGGAAGCUUAUUUUUGCAGCUAAGUCCCACUCAGUAUCCACAAUGGCGACUGAAGAAGAGAAUGUGGGAAAUACAAAGCGACAGUUAGCGAAACUGUUUGAAGUCUCGCUCAGAAGAAUAGUCCCCGAUGAGCCAGAUGUCGAGCCAGUGAUUGCUGCUUGCACUGGGAAGUUUGGCGAUUAUCAAUGUAACAAUGCCAUGGGUCUAUGGUCUAAAGUAAAAGGAAAAGGCAGUGAGUUUAGGGGUCCGCCAUCUGUGGGACAGGCAAUCAUGAAAAAUCUUCCUGAUUCGGAGAUCAUAGAAUCGUGUUCUGUAGCAGGACCUGGAUUUGUGAAUGUUGUCUUGUCAAAGAAAUGGUUGGCUAAGAGCAUACAAAAGAUGCUUACUGAUGGCAUCGAUAAAUGGGCGCCACAGCUUCCAAUCAAAAGGGCUGUGGUUGACUUUUCCUCGCCUAAUAUAGCUAAAGAAAUGCAUGUGGGCCACUUAAGGUCAACUAUUAUUGGGGACACACUAGCUUGUAUUCUGGAGUUUUCAAAUGUUGAAGUUCUUCGACGAAAUCAUGUUGGUGACUGGGGGACACAGUUUGGUAUGUUGAUUGAGUUUCUUUUUGAAAAGUUCCCGAACAUAGAAGAUGUUAAUGAAACAGCCAUUGGUGAUCUGCAGGCAUUCUAUAAAGCAUCAAAACAGAGAUUCGAUGAUGAUCCUGCUUUUAAGGAGAGAGCACAACGGGCAGUGGUUUCCCUUCAGGGUGGUGAACUGAGGUACCGAAAUGCAUGGCUGAAGAUCUGUGAAAUCAGUCGUAAAGAAUUUCACAAGGUCUAUGAACGCCUUGGAGUUCAUUUAGAGGAAAAGGGUGAGAGUUUUUAUAACCCAUAUAUUCCUGGGGUUUUAAAAGAAUUGAGUGAUAAAGGGUUAAUUGAGGACAGCCAGGGUGCUCGUGUAAUCUUUCUGGAAGGGUUUAACAUCCCCCUUAUUGUCGUCAAGAGCGAUGGCGGUUUCAACUAUGCUUCAACUGAUUUAGCAGCUCUUUGGUAUCGCCUGAAUGAGGAGAAAGCUGAUUGGAUCAUAUAUGUUACCGAUGUUGGCCAGCAGCAGCAUUUUAAUAUGUUUUUCGAGGCAGCUAAACGUGCAGGUUGGCUCCCAACUGAUGGCGCCUUGAAACCAAAAGUUACUCAUGUUGGUUUUGGUCUUGUUCUUGGAGAAGAUGGAAAACGCUUUCGCACUCGCUCUAGUGAGGUGGUCCGAUUGGUUGAUUUGCUUGAUGAAGCCAAGGAUCGUAGUAAAAAGGUUCUUGUUGAACGUGGCUGGACAGAGCAGGAGCUUAAUCAAAUUGCAGAGGCUGUUGGUUACGGUGCUGUUAAGUAUGCUGAUCUGAAGAACAACAGAUUGACCAAUUACACGUUUGAUUUUGAUCAAAUGCUAAGUGACAAGGGAAACACUGCUGUUUACUUGCUCUACGCUCAUGCUCGGAUCUGUUCCAUCAUAAGGAAAUCUGGCAAAAACAUAGAGGAAUUGAAAAAAACGGGGGAAAUUGUGUUGGAUCAUGACGGUGAGCGUGAAUUGGGGCUUCAUUUGCUACAGUUUUCAGAGAACGUGGAGGAGACCUGCACCAAUCUAUUGCCGAAUGUUUUGUGCGAAUACCUAUACAAUUUAUCAGAAGUCUUCACCAAAAAAUUCUACUCCAAUUGCCAGGUUGUCGGGUCUCCUGAGGAAACGAGCAGACUCUUGCUUUGUGAAGCAACAGCCAUUGUGAUGAGGAAAUGUUUUAAUCUUCUCGGAAUCGAACCGGUUUACAAGAUAUGAUGGUGGACCAAUAUAGUGUUGUAACCCAUCUUAGCAGGGAUGUUUGAAUGCUUGUUUUCCGUUUGCACUGUAAAAUUGUAAUCCGACUCUUCUCAUACACGUCUCGUCGUUUUCGUGUCUCCCUCAUUCGAAGUUUUGCAUCAACAGAUAGAUAAAAGUAGAUAAAAAUCAAUGGCUAUGGUUUUGCAAACAGAAGAAUCAUGUGACUCCCAUAAUUAACCUAGGAAGUAAGUUUCACGCUUCCAUUUUUCUU